UCUAACAUUAUAAUGAAUCAAUUGGUUUUUCAGGAUAAUCAGAUUACAGUCCUAGGUGUUCAAGUUCUCAGCACAGCGGCAUCAUGAUCAAGUCUGUUAUUUAAUCGGAACACAUGGCUCAGUGAUGCGCUUGCAGACGACAACUUCUCAACAGGUGCUUGUUUCAUACCCGCGUGCUUUUUAUCUCGUGCUUCAGGAAUUAGUUAAACAUCAACUAUAAUUCAUAUUGAAUAAUAAGGAAGUUACAGUGUAUUAAGUUACUUGACAUUUUCUGUGAGGAAAAUUCCAAGUAUUGUUUGAUCAUAUUCAACAAAGGAGGAUUACAACUAAAUAUUGUGUUCUUGUAGGGAUAUUAAUUUGCUAAAUACAAACAACGGAUCAUCGCUGGAUCGCACAACAAUUAGAAAUUUUUAAGACACGUUCACCUGUCCAGGCAAACAUGUGAAAUGAAAAUAUGUAGAACAAGACUCAUGACGAAAUGAGAAGAGAUGUUGUGCCUAAAAGCACAGUUCCAUCUUCUAUAGUUUUAUCGAACAGUCUAGAGAUUAUUAACGAUACAUCAAGUGUUAAUAAGAACUUACAUGGUUCUGACAUAACAGAUCAGAGAUAUCUACUUGAAAGGGAAUUUUACAAGACUUAUGAUCCUAACGUGGGAUUUAAUACAGCACUGGUGCUCGGAGUUAUGUUGAGUGCAUUACUUCUAUACGUUGUUUAUAGAACAAAAAUUAGAAAACCGCUUCUUGCAUUUGUUAAGCGUAAAUUUUACGAGUUUCGUCACCGUGGUAUGCCACGAGAAGAAGCUUCGUUUGUUGAUAUAGAGGUUCGCGACAAUGGUGAUAAUAAUGACAACGACGCGGGUAAUACCGCCGAAUGUACUGAUGAAGUGUUCUACGAUGAAGUAGAAAAAACGCAUCAUGAUAAAACUUAUCGUUUAUUGCCAACAUUUUCUAUUUCUGACGACGACAAACAGCUUCCUAUCGUUGUUAUGGAUAUGAAAUCUGCUACGGCAGACUGGGUACAACAGCAACAUAAUUUUUUGGAACCAGGAGCUUUUAUAUUGAAAGUAAAGUCCGAUACAAUAUGUCCUCAGGGAAAAGAAAUUAAUCCGUCCAAAGUACAAACGACGUCAAAUAUUCCUGGUGCUAGGUCUCAGCAUUGUUUAUCACACACAAGGACACACAGACAGUAUAUUCAUAAUUGUAAAUAUUCAAAUGCAUUAAACCAAAGUCUACCUACACUGAAAACUCAAGAUUCUAUUCGUUCGUCUGAAAGUGACGGAAAGCCUUCGAAAAAGACUCGGCUGAAAAAUACAAAGCACCAAAGUUUGUCUGUAGAACCUAAAUCAACCAUGCCUCAUGCUCAUGUUAAACAACCGGUGCAUCUAACACCCAUUAUCAAAAUUCAAAAUUACGAUAAAUCACAACGAACUACGAUUGACAAUAGGGAGGACCGAGAUUCCAUAAGCAGCAGUUCCUCGGAUGAUCCUCAAAUUCUUCGUAUCACAGCUGAUAAAUGGAAUAAAACUAAACAGCUUGAGAUGUGCAGCUCACAUAGUGUAAAUGGACAGGACGAUACUUGUCCCUAUUGUGAAACAACAAGUAAAAUACCAGUAAUAAAGCAGUUUAGUUUGGAUAUUCCUAAUGAUAAACAUAAUAUUCUUGUGCCAGUGCUAGACUAUACAGGGACGUCCAGAUCUUGUCAAAAUAUAACUUCAAUGGAAACAACAUUGUGAUAUACAAUAAGGGUCUGUGAAAUUAUUGUGAUAGGUUUUGCAAGUGUAAGAAAUAUUUUUGUAUCCAUAUCAUUCUGUAAUUAUAUAAGUUUCAUCCAUUCCAA